AUGGCGGCCACAACCGACGUGAAAAUGCCCAUCCUUCCAAAGAGCCAACAGCAUGGCAAAGCCAAUUGGUUCGACUGGAAGGGAAAGAUCAUCACCAUCACUCCUCCACCAGGUGCAGACCCAGGCAACGUCGCACUUGCCAGGGCAGAGCAGCAGUUGUGGGACAAGCAUGAUGAGUUUGCGAAGGCUAUUACCACCUUGAACAUCAUCGACUUCAUCGGACCAGAGUCGAGGAUGAGGGGAAAACAGCUCACAAAGUAUGGACUGCCUUAG